AGGCCCACUUAUGCUUUCAGGGAAAGAAGCCAAAAUGUAAGUACCGUGUGGACGAGAGCAGAGGAUUACUUGGAAUCCUAUAACGACUAACGGUUUUUGAUGACGUGGAGUCCAGGUCAGUGAGAAUUGCUACUACUACUUCUUCUUCUUCUUCCUCUAUUGUUUCGGCCUCUGUAAAAAUAACCUCAGUACUUCCUCUCUUUCCCUACCAAUUUACAAAUUGCACUUUGUCAAAGAUUUGUUUUCUCAUUACUUAUUCUAUUCAAGAUAACAUUUUGGUCUCUAUUUUUUCUCCGACUAGUUUGGUUCCCAAGAAAAUGCAUGAGGGAGAAAGAAAAUGCUGAAUUCAUGUAGUCUUUCUCUAAUCUUUGUAUUUCCAGAAAUCUCAGGGAGUAGUUUAGUGCGUAAUUGACUUGUUUGAUCAGUAAGAAAAUGAGAAAGCAGAGUGCAUCCAUGUGGUCGACUGUAAUUGUCUUCUCGGCAAUUAUGGCUUCACAAACUUUGGCAUUUACCAAUCCUUCCGAAGUCACAGCUCUUCAAGAUCUUUACUGGAAUCUCAACCUUCCAUCAGAGCUGAGGGGAUGGAGAACGGAGGGUGGAGAUCCAUGUGAUGAAUCAUGGGCAGGAGUCUCAUGUUAUGAGUCAUCUAUUAUAUAUCUUAAACUUCGUGGAUUAAACCUUACAGGUUUUCUUGGACACCAGCUUUCUAGUCUUUGUAACUUGAAGCAAAUGGACAUAAGCUUCAACAAGAUUUGGGGUCCAAUUCCAGAUGAAUUACCUCCCAAUGCCACUCAUAUAAAUUUGGCACGCAACAAUUUGACCUAUAACAUUCCCAACUCUCUAUCAAACUUGAAAUAUCUCCGGCAUUUGAACCUCAGCCAUAAUUUCUUAUCUGGACCUGUGGGUAAUGUUUUCACAGGCUUGAGUAAUCUUAGAGAGAUGGACUUGUCAUUUAAUAAUUUCACUGGAGAUUUACCGAGUUCAUUUGGAUCGCUGAAAAAUCUUACUGGACUAUAUUUGCAGAAUAACAAGUUCACUGGAUCGGUCACAUACCUAUCUGGACUUCCACUACUUGACCUUGGCAUCAUUCCUGAUCAUUUUUCUACAAUACCAAAUUUAUGGAUGGGCGGCAAUAAUUUCCAUUCAGGUGAUUCUCCACCUUGGCAUUUCCCAUUGGAAACAGUGCCCAUUGAACAAAAUAUCAGUAGGCCCCCAACAACUGAGUCGAGCGCAAUUGAGAGCUAUCCUAUUGUUGAAACAUUUAUAACAAAAAAGAAAAGUAUGGGUCCUGGAGGAAUAGCUUUUAUAGUUGGUGGAGGGACUCUGGUAGCAUCGUGUAUUGUAAUCUACAUGUCCAUUCGGAUCAACCAAUACCGUGCAAGAAGGCUUCAACGCUCAGGUUUGAACAACAAUACAACACAUUCGCUUCCAGUCACUGCAGUAAGAGACAGUUCUCCUGCUGAAGUUGAAGAAAGCCCACAGAUGUUGACUUUUAGGUCACCGAUCCUUGGUCCAAGGAGGAUGCCUCCAAUUUACAAUAGCAGAACUCAAAAGACAUCUAAAAGAAAAAGUGUCACGAGGAAACAUGGAUUCCCUAUGAGAGCAAAAUUCUUCACUAUUGCCGACCUUCAAUCAGCUACAAAUAGCUUUAGUGAAACUAAUCUUCUUGGGGAGGGAUCACUAGGCUCAGUGUACAAAGCAGAGUUUCCAGAUGGCCAAGUUAUGGCAGUGAAGAACAUCAACAUGGUAACACUGACUUUCAAAGAAGAAGAACAGUUUUUGGAUGUAGUUUGGACUGUUUCAAGAUUGAAGCAUCCGAAUAUUGUACCACUUAUAGGUUAUUGUGCAGAGCACGGGCAACAUCUGCUCAUAUACAACUAUAUCAGAAGUGUGCCCCUUGAUGAGGCCCUGCACUACAGUGGUUACAAGUCUCUGUCUUGGGGCCUCAGGCUCCAGAUAGCGAUAGGCGUUGCUCAGACUUUGGACUAUCUUCACUCCACUGUCUCGCCUCCUCUUGCUCACAGCAACCUAAAAUCAGCUAACAUCUUACUUGAUGAAGAACUUAUGCCUCAUGUCUGCGACUGUGGGCUAGCAAUUUUGAGGCCACUUACAAGUAACAGAGUCAAAAUCAAGGCUUCGGAAAUUGCUAUUGGUGACACUGGCUAUGUUGCACCAGAACAUGGUCAAUCAGGUGUUGAUAGCAGAAAAAGUGACAUUUAUGCCUUUGGAGUGUUGCUUUUGGAGCUAUUAACAGGGAGGAAACCUUUUGACAAUUCAAGACAAAGGGAAGAGCAAUGUCUGGUGAAAUGGGCUUCGUCACGGCUUCAUGACAGUGAGAGUUUGGAACAGAUGGUUGAUCCAGGCAUUAAAAGAACAUUUUCUUUCAGAAUUCUAUCUCGAUUUGCUGAUGUAGUCUCCCUAUGCAUACAGCCUGUGAAGGAAUUUAGACCACCAAUGUCUGAAGUUGUGGAAUCACUUAAAUGUCUGAUCGAAAAGGUAAAUAUGGAGCAAAGCAGUGGAGCAGAUGGUCCCCGUCCCGGUCCUGGUCCUGGUCCUGGUCCUGGUCCCGAAAUGGAUGAGAAGUCUUUCCUUUCAACCAACACUCGCUUCUUAUUAUCACCUGAUUUAACCAAUUCGUCCGUUGAUGAAGGCUAAUCACUGAGCUGGAUGUUGAACAACUGACAUUUUGAGACUCUUUGUUGUUGAAGUUCAAGUAGAACUUUUCAACUUGAACUUGAGGUAGAUUUGUAUCUGUAGGAGUUGUUGUGAUCUGUACAAUGGUGUACAGUCUGACAAGAAAAAACUCAACUGUUUUACUUGCUUAGUAAAAAUUAGCAAAAAGUUGGUGUACAUUUCACACAAUCAUUUGGGCUUAGAUAAUAGAUAUCACAAAGAACACCAUUUUAAGGGAUUUUGAUAUUCGUGUCUUCAAA